CUGGGCAGCCUGGUCUAGUGGUUGGCAACUCUGCACUCAGCAGGGGCGUUGAAACUCAAUGAUCUUUGAGGUCCUUUUCAACCCAGGCCAUUCUAUGAUUCCCAACCAGCAGACUCCCCUUGCCUUUUGCACACCAGGCGUGGCAGUCCACUCACCAGCGCAUGCACAAACCCCUGCCGUAAAAGUGCUCUAAGAAAUGAUUUCUCAGUACUUUCCUCAAAAGCACUGUGCACGCUUCCAAAAUUCGACUUUGAAUUGCAGAAGGACAGUCUUUCACCUCUCUUGUUUCUACAUACAAGAGAGAGGGUCCCUCUUCUGAUGGCAGCCACAAGAACCGUAUUGAAGCUGAGGAGGAAGGACUGGAUUUGAUCUGUUGAACUGACCUGCCAAGUGCACUGGCUGACAUUUAAAGGUCUGAGACAUUUCCUGGCACAGAAGCUGGCAGCCAGGCUUUCUGUGAGACCACAGCAGCAUACCUGUGGUUAAACUGGCAAGGGAAAGUGUUCUGUCCUACAAAGCAGGGCCUGCUGGGAGCAAGUGGCAUUUAUUCAGAAGUUAGGCAACCUCUGAGCGCAGUAGCAAUGCUGUACAUGCUCUUCUUGCUGCUGGUCUUUACCUGCAAGGGUAGCUUCUUGAAAACUGAGCCUGACGUGAGGAGCUCCAUCAUUUCUGCGCUUGAGAAGGUGACCAUCUUCAUGGAGAAUCGGUAUCAGGACAUCAAUCUAGAUGCAGUGCUGGGAUUUCAUGUUUUGCAAGGCUAUUUGAAAGGAGCCCUGGAAAAAUGGCCCUCGAAACAGGAAUUGCUUGCGCAGCAUGCACGAGUUGAAAGCAUGGUAAAGAAGCUGUCUUCUCUGCUUGAAAAAGCAACGCAUUUUCUAGCGCAGAAUGACCCCACAUAUUUCAAAGAAUUUGCACCAAUUCUAGGACCACAUUUUUGGAUCUUUCCCCACUCAUGGAACCAGACUGAUACCCUGAUGGCCUAUACUUCAUUUGGUAGUACCGAGUGUUUUACAGAGAAAAUGAGUGAUGCGUGCUUUACGUAUUUGCUAGGAACAUGGAAAGAGAAUGGCGAGUCCUGCACUGUCACAAGCGCCUGCAGGAACACAAUGACAAAACCAGCUUGCUCCAAUUACUGCUUGUCCCAUCAGCUCCUCUACUUCAUAUUUGCUGAUGUGAAAGGAUGCUCUGAUCAUGUGUUCCUAAGGACCCAGCACUACAAGAAUAUUUUCUGUGCUAGCAUGAUGAAAAUAAACUUGGAGAUCGAAAACAAUGGAUUCAACGUUUCUUCUCGAGACCUUUUCAUGGAAAACAUUAUGCUCUGUGGCAUGUCUGGUUUCUCUGACUUCUACAAACUCAGAUGGCUGGAGAAGAUUCUCACUUGGCAGAUGCCUGAAGAAGGAUGCUUUGGAGAACCUAGUCAAGAGUUAGAGCACUCUUCUGGAGUAGAAGACGAAAAGAAGCUGCUCAGGAGAGUUAAGAGAAGGGAAAAGAUGUUUGCAGACGGAUGUUCCUCGCAUCACACAGCCGUUGCAGCGGGAUCGCUUGGAGGCUUCCUCCGCUACCACUGCUGCUGACAGCAGCGCACUGCAGCCGCCGAGGGCACGCUGCCUGCAACGAGAGCCGGCCGGCCCCGGAGCAUUUGCCUUCCCGCAUCACACGGCACGAGCCCUGCUUUCCUGGGAACGAGCUGUUCCCUCUCCUUGCCGAUGGGAGACGGUGGAAUCAUUCCUUCAUUUGCUUUGCAUGUGUGUGUCUGUAAGUUUCGCUUUACCGAUUAAACGGCCUCUGUCUCACACCAGGAGUUUUCCC